UGGCGCCAAGAAAGAAUGCAAGGGUGGGGCUAGCUACUGUUGUGUUGCUCCGCGGCUUUUCGAAAGUUCUCCGCUGUCUCAGUGAAAAAUGAAGCUAGAACGGCUCGUUGUCUAUAUUGCAUUAGCUGUAGCCCUCCUGCAUACUGGUGUGGCUGUUCAGACAGUAAUCGGCUUCGGGCGACUUACGGACACUGCGUUUGAAGGCAACAACGCUGGGCUCACAAUUAGAAUCCAGCCAGAAGAACUCACGGUUAACGUAUCAGGGCGAUUGGUGCCGUUGACUUACGCUGAGUAUGAAGACUACAACGUUCAAGAGUUCUAUCAGUUGCUGUUAUGGAGGCUCUGGAAAUCGCUAGCACUAGAGACCCAGCAGAAAGUAAUGACUUCAACAAUGCAAUAGUGAGCUUCACUAUAGCCAGUGGGACAUUAGAGACUGCUAUUAAUGUGGGGGACAUCAUACGCAAUGAUACUGUGAAUGAAGCAGAAGAAAUCUUUAUAAUUGUCCUGGAAGUGACAAAUGGUGGUGGAGUAGAUAUUGCAUUUGACGAAGAAGCCGUAUUUUGGUGUAUGAAAUCCAGGAUAACAACCCUAUUAACCUUAUACUAAGAAAUAGCAGCAGCACCAGUUUCCCGGAGAGCUAUGGAACAAUAGAAAAUAUUCUAACGGUUGAGAAAGAGAGUGGGUCCCCAGAAACUGAGGUUGAUAUACCAAUUAAUGUGACCAUUACAGGGAGUGGAACGGUUAUUGAAGGUGAAGAUUUUUCUUCUGCCAGCUACAAUAGAUCCUAUGUGAUUGGAAUCAAUGACACGAUGGUUUUUAUUGAUCCGAUUAAAAUUCUCGACGACGGCGUUCCCGAAACGAUUGAGUCGUUUUCUGUAUCUCUUGAAAAAGGAGUUGAAGCUGAGUUUCUCAAUAUCUUCCCCACCACAACACCGAUGGAAAUCACAAUUGAAGAUGACGAUGUGGCACAGGUGGUCUUCACUGAAGAGAUAUACACAGUCACCGAGGGAGAGGACGUGUAUGUAGAGGUGUGCAUUGCUCUUUAUGACGAUGUGUCACUGAACUCCAGCUCAGCCAAUGGCGUCUUCGACAUUUCUACCACUAAUGUCACAGCUACUAUGGAGGACUAUAAUCCAACACCUGAUCCUGUCACUCUGGUGCUAAUGAGAGGACAAGACAUUGUUUGCUCCAACAUCACCAUCACCGAUGAUCUGCACGUGGAAGAGGACGAACUGUUCAAUGUGACUGUUACGGAAGGACCUCAUACAUUUGGUGCUGGAGUCAGCAUCCUCCGUGGCAGUGCUGUUGUUAGCAUUGAGGACGAUGAUGUUGCAGUGGUUGGUUUCAACCAGACACAGUACACAGGGAUGGAAGGAGAGACCCUGACUGUCUGCAUGGAUAUUCUCUUCCCCAAUGCUACUGUUCUCGCCAUGAGUGAUGUACAGGGCACCUUCAACAUCACAGGAAGUGACGAACCUGAUAUCGAUAUAAUUAGCGGGGACACACUCUUUGUGCUAAAUUCAACUUCUUCUCGAUAUUGUGUGUAUAUAUCUCUGGUGUCUGAUGGUGACAUAGAAGGAAACGAGAAUUUACUUCUCUCGUUGGAGGAAAUAGUCACUCUUGACUCCUUUGGUGUUAGACUUCUUCACCCUAAUACAACCAACAUCACGAUAAUUGAUAGAGAUUUUGGCUUGAUUGGAUUCAGUAAAACAUCGUACACUGUGAUGGAAGGGAAAAGUGAAACUGUAUGUGUCGGGCUGAAUAAUGAAAAUAAUAUAGCUCCAGAUGUUUCUAUCACUUAUACUUUGAAAAUAAUUAUGAGCGAUGCCGCACAAGAUGUACUGUUUAGCACACUAAGUGGAGAAUUUUUCCAAGGGACUUUUUUAAGCUGCCAUAAUGUCACAGUUGUUGAUAAUAACUUUGCCGAACGAGAUGGAACGAUUUCACUUGGAAUUCAAAAUGCAACACUCUCUAAUGUGAAUGUGUCAACUACUAAUGUAGCUGUUGAAGACAAUGAUGAAAUUGUGGUGAGUAUGACGAUUCCAGUGAAUCGAAUUGACGAAGGCGCAGGAGUUAACAUCACAGUUUCCUAUGAUAAUAGUGCAGUAUCAAUUGGACAGGGAAUAUCAGUGACGGGAAGUGUGUCUAAAAAUGAACUGACGGAUGACUAUGUCUUGGAUCCAGGAAGUUUUUCACUCAGUUCUGACACUAACAGUGCUAUGAUUAGUGUUGAGGCAGUGGACGACAUACUGUUUGAAGAUUUGAUGGAGACAUUUAGCAUUUCACUGUCUAUAGAUGAUCCUCCAGUUAAUGUUAGGAUCCUUCAAUCGCAACUGGUGAUUGAAAUCGAAGAUGAUGAAGUGGUUGAAAUAGCGUUUCAACAAGGUCGACAGAAUUUCAGUGAAGAUGCUGGUAUUGGUCAUCCUCUUCUUAUUGAGAUAGUCAAUUCUGAUAGAGUCAGGAUACCUCUUCCAAUCGGGAACUCUGUGUCUGUAUGUGCUGUUCUUGUGGCUGAAAGUACAAAUGCUACAGAAGGUAUGGACUUUGCAGUUCAACUAAACAUGGUGGCAUUUAGGAACUCAACAACCCAGCCACCACAGUCUGUAGUGCUAAAUAUUUUGCAAGACACGUUGGUCGAAGGGCACGAAGUUAUUAAUAUUACCUUGACAGACCUAAUGAUAUAUUCGAUAGACCAUCCAGGUGGAGCAAUAUUUGGGGAAAAUAAAACAGUUUUGGUGACCAUCCUUGAUAAUGAUCAAUACAUCGUUGGAUUCAAUAGAACUGCAUACAUGGGCACCGAAGGAGGUCAUGUUGAAGUUUGUAUUGACACCAUGGCUGGUACGCUACAAUCCGGUGUUACUCUUGCUUACCUUGUCGGAGCUCCAAGAGAGGAUGCCACUCAACCAGCAGGGUCAAUGGCGGACACUGCAAUGGUGUACAACACCACAAGUGGAGAGGGAGACUUUGCUAUGACUACUCUGAGGAUCAACUUGAAUAGCCAAAAUACCGACGGGUGUGUCAUGGUUCAACUGAUAGAGGAUGAAAUUGUUGAGAUCAACGAAACAUUUUAUGUCCAAUUGGAACAAGUGGUCAGCUCGGAUGAUCUUAGGUUUCCUCUCAGUCCGGAAUAUGCUGUAAUCACAAUAAUAGAUGACGAUGAAAUAAAACUGGGAUUCACAGCAGAGGAGUAUAUUUUCAAUGAAAAUACCACCUUCAACAUUACUGUUCAGAGGGAGAAUCCAGUGACUGUCAGCAGUACCUUCAGUGUGAUUGUGCGUCGGCUACCAGAAUCCAAUGCAACUGACGAUGAUUUCUCAGUGAUGGGUGGAUUUAACGUGACCCUGGCGUUUGGUGGCAACGAUGAACGUCAAUCAUUCCAACUGACUCUACUACCAGACGACAUAGGAGAGGGACCUGAGACUAUUGAGCUGCAGAUUGUGGUCCCAGCUGGAGAACUGGGGGGUGUGGUACCUGGAACUAUCAACAGAACGACCAUUGUGAUUGUCGAUGAUGAUUAUAUCGAGUACCAGUUUACUGAGACAGACUACAUUAUUACUGAAGACACGACAGUACCAGUGUGUGUGAUGAUUAUAUCAGGAGAUGUAAUAUUCACUCCUGGUGGAUUUCUGACACUUAGGUUCUUAACGUCUCCCAUCACGGCUACCUAUAAUGUUGAUUACAACGACACUACUGACCCUAUGAUGAUAACUCUAACUGACAAUUUAAGAAUGGAUUGUGUGAACAUUACCAUUUUCGCUGACGAAUUGGUCGAAGGGAUGGAAUAUUUCCAGCUUUACUUUGAGACUGUUGAUCAACUUGGCUCUUACUCCGUGAUCGACAACAGCUCACGAGAGAUCACGAUUUUUGAUACCAAUGUUGCUGAUGUUGGUUUCAAUUUCAGUGUGUACUCAAUAGAAGAGAGUGACGCAAUUGUUUAUUUCUGUGUGGUGGUGCUUGAUGGACAAUUGACUGAAGCUGUCUCCCUCACGUAUAAUUUAUCUUCUCGGCCAGAUUCAGCUACAGCUGAUGCUGACUAUAUUCCUGUCGUCAUUCCUGAUCAGGGAGAGCUAAACCACACACACCUGCACGCAUGUCACAUGAUGAACAUACUGGACGACGAGUUGGUUGAGCCUCCAGAGAGUAUUGUCGUCAGCAUCACCCCCACUGGACCUACACAGGAGUUUAUCAACCUCUUUGACAUUGUUCGGGAAGAGACAGUCGUUCAAAUCAUAGACGAUGACACCGUGACCAUUGGGUUUGAGCGGAGUAUGUAUAUAGUCGAGGAAGAUGCAGGGAGUGUUGAUGUCUGCCUCAGGUUCCGUGGUCCACUGAAGAAUGAUUCCUUUGUGGAACUGAAUAUCACUAUUAACUCCAAUAUAUCUGGUGAUCAUGCUGCGGUCCCGGUACCAGGCACCCUGAGACUUGACAUGAACGACACGCUGGAAUGUGUCACAAUCAAUAUCACAGACGACAUCAUAGUUGAGGGGACAGAGGUGUUUACAGUUCAUUUUGACGAGACGGACGGAAACAUGAUCAUGAUUGCUGGAGACAACACUGUGCCUGUGUUUAUUGAAGAUGAUGAAGAGGUAAUUCUACAGUUUGUGCAACAAAGUUACACCUUCGCCGAAAGUUCCAACACAAGUGAUGCUGUGAUUGGAGUUACGAUAGUCAACUACAACGAAGUGGUUAUAAUGAAUGAUAUUAGCUUCAGGGUCACCAACACCAGUGGCAAUGCAACUUAUCUAGAAGACUUUGCUUUUGUCCAUGGAAACGGAGAAAUCUCAAUUCCUGUUGGUCAAAACUCAACGACAUUUAUGCUGAUCAUAACAGAUGAUGUGAUAGUAGAAGGAAUUGAAGACUCUGUGCUAGUCAUCUCCAGUCCAGAUAUUGGGAGUAUAGCACCUGACAAUGUCGUGCAUAUGUAUUCAACAACAGUUUUCAUUGUGGACAAUGAUGAUGCAACGAUAGGGUUUGCCUCUACCACUUACACCUAUGCUGAGGGAGUUCGCCCUGUUUGUGUGACUCUAAUGAAUGGAACCCUUCAAUACAACGUCGUUAUCAGAUACUCGGUCUUCAACCUUUCUACAGAUGGGAACUAUGAUGACUAUGAGCCAGUAAAUGAAGUUGGAGAAAUUACUAGUCAGACUCAAACAUUCUGCCAUAAUAUCACCAUCAUUGAUGACAAUCUGGUCGAGUCACUGGAGGACGUCGAUGUCAUGAUUGUGGAGGAAUUCAAUGUGGCAUCUGUUUUUCUCUCUCCUGAUAUUUCUACCAUCACCAUUGACGACGAUGAUAGUGUCCUGGUAGGGUUCGGAUCUGAAAUGUACUCCAGUAUUGAAACUGGAGGGGCUCUGGUUGAAGUGACUAUCGUACGAGAAGACGACCUCAUUUCUGUUCACGACUUUACCGUGAGACUUCUACUCAGUCCUGACUCCAAUGCUACAGUGGGUAAUGACUUUAGAAUUGACGGAGGCAGUUCACAAUUAACGAUAGAUUUUGAAAAGACGCAGAGUUCUACAAAUGUAUCGGUCACUAUUCUAGGAGAUGACAUAGGAGAAGGAGAUGAGUUGAUCAUUUUGAACUUAGAAACUGAUGGACCCAACAAUAUAAAUGUUGGCAGUAUAAAUGACACAACUGUAAUCACCAUCGAUGAAGACGACUGUGAGUUCCGUUUGUAAAAAAAUGGAAACACCAGCAUUGCAUAUCACCUGAGAGAUACUAGCUAUCAGCUUAUAAUAUAGGCAACAACAAAAAUUAAUACUGACAUCUUCUGUCAGGAGUCAAACACUGGGAUAUAUACUGAGCUACAACUCCCAGACUAAAGCUGGUCUUUCCCAUUCCCUCCCCACUCUCUUUUAUCUCGCUUUUCUAACAAUUCACCCCACACCCAAGGCCAUGAAAAUCUCUCAAAAAAUUUUUUGGGGAAGUGUGCUACAUUAUUCGGGGAUUGUGCAUUUGAAGACGAAAUUAAGUUGAUAGUCUUCCAGACGUAGAGCAUACAAGGAUUACGUCUAGUGCUUACUUUGAUAGAGUUCUCCUCCAUUCUUUCUUGUCACAGUUAUUGAGGUAGCGUUCACAGAGGACACAUACACAGUCAGUGAGGGAGAGGCACGGGAAGUGUGUGUGAUGAUUAUGGGGGGCAAUGGGGUGAUGCUGCCCUCUGGUGGAACUGUUGAUGUUCUCGUGUCAACUUCCCCAACUGCUGGUGUUGAACCUGAAACUGACUAUCAACCAGCACUAAAUCCAGUCAGAGGAAUACUCAAUGGGACCAGGAACAUAACUUGUUUCACAUUCACUUCAUUGGAGGACAUCUUGGUGGAAGGAACUGAAGACGUUUCUGUCAGCUUUUCUUUCAUGAACAAGAUUGGAUCCUUUGUACCACAGGGGAACGCAAUUGUAGCCAUUGCUGACAAUGACUAUUUCGAGGUUGAUUUUGAGUAUGCCUCCUAUACCGUUGGUGAAGAGGGAGGGCGUAUCAACGACACUGUGUACAUUGUGAAGAUGAGAGACAACACUCUUCUGCAGGAGUAUACUCUCACAGUAGACGUCGUCCAUAGUCAGGGACCCUACCCAGCUGUACUAGGUAGGGACUUCGAGGUCGAUUUGCCACCACUGACGGUGACGUUUGAAGUAAACGACAUCAGGAAACCAGUACCGUUCACUCUACUGGAUGAUGAGUUUGAGGAAGGAUUUGAGAACUUCACGUUACAGCUGUCAGACGCUAGCAGUGAUGAAACUGUGCUAAUAGUGAAGGGCUCAGCUAUGGUCCACAUCAAGGACGAUGAUGUGGUGGUGAUAGGAUUUGAAAGAAGUGUCUACGUAGUGUUUGAAGGCCAGAAGACAGAGAUCUGUGUGUCUAUUCUCAACAGGGAGCUCUCCACCGAUGAUCACAGGAAUUUCACAAUAAUGACCACCCAACUCAAUCAAGACCCUGCAGAAAGUAAUAAGGACUUCAUGGUAAUACUGGGACAGACUACAUUCAUUGCUCGCGAUCCCAAUGUCACGCGACGUUGUUUCGACCUGGAGACUGUGGACGACGCUCUACUCGAGCCUCCUGAGAGACUCAACAUGUCUGGGUCACCCAUCAGUCAUUUCAUAGAGUUUAACCCCUCCUCCACCACCAUCUGGAUUGUCGAUGACGACAGUCUACUUCUGCCAGUACCAGAUGUCUCAACUCUGGACUGCGUGUCGCAGACUGAGCAGCAGACGACACUGAGGGUCACGUGUACUCCGUCAGACGAUGCUGCGAGAGUUGCAGAGUUGGUCUGCUCUGUGGACGGAGAACCACUCAAACCUUGCUCUACGCUCAGCAACAGGAGAAAGAAGAGAGCUGCCGAGCCUCAAGUUGUGACACUGGACCUGCUGGACUAUCAGGAUGGGGUCCAUGUCCUGGAGAUUGUGGGGCUGACUCAGGUCACUGAGAUAUUGAGAGGAACCGUGCAGUUCCAUGGACUUGCCCGGCCGUUCAACCUGGACUGUGUGGAUGAGAUAACAGAGACGGGGCUCAUUGAUGUCACAUGUUCCACUGAGAGGGUUUUGGAGAGUCUCACGUGCACAAUUGAUGGGGGAAACCCUGACGUUUGCGCUCUGAAGUUUGUACUGGAUCCUGAUGAUUACGAAGAAGGAACACACAUGGUGGUUAUAACGGCCAUAAACCUUCUUGGAGAGAUCAAGUACUACAAUUUCACUUUCGUGUCAGCUAAGCCCCAGGCAGUGAGUAUAUGGGACGACAGAGAGUUUGUGGCAGCAAUCGCCAUAGCCGGAGUUGCCUUCAUCAUUCUCAUGCUCCUCAUGUUGGCCAUCUGUCUACUCAUCUUCUAUCACCGGAAAGUCAACAAACUCAACAAAUAUGGGCUCGACCUGCGAUCAGAGAACGAGUACGUGGGGAUAGAUAGGAAUCUGUCCUACCGAGACCACGAUAUGCCCGACGACGUGGAGCUUGUGGACUAUUCCCAUCGUCCUCCCGACAUCCGAGCCCCGCAACGCGGCGCCGCUCGCCCGGCAUCUCGUGCGUCGUCUUCGGCAGCCGCACGAUCCAUCUCCCGCGAUCCUUCGCAACGCGAACGACCAGUCUCGGAAGCGUCCACCGUCGUUGUUGAAACUCCGACCGCAACGACGUUUCACGUCCCGCCGCCUCCCGGACCGACCCUCAAACCGACAGAAGCUCCAGUCGCUCCAGUUCGGGCUACAGUUACGGUCGUGCAACAACAGCACCGAGCGCCGGAUCACGUGACAACCGAUCAAUACUCGCAGGAAGACGUUGGCGACGUUCAAACGGAGGAAGAACUUUUGCUGGCGGCCAGCGGCGGAUUGGGAAGCGGGAGCGAGAGUCGCGGGCUGAAAAUCAGUCGCCGACACAGCGUGGAGGUGGAGAAGAAACCCAAAUCGCGGAAGAAGGUGGACGACGAGACGUCGCGUACGGCGAGCCUCAGCGGAAGCCGCGUGCACCGGACCGACAGCGGCGGCGGUGCGUAUUCGAUACCGCAGGGCAAAGAGCUACAGACAGCGAAGGAGUGGGAGGCGGCUCUACAGCGGGAAUUCGACGAAGAGAUGGCGAAGGAGAAAGAGAGCGUACGAGCACGUGAGCGUCGCCGAGAAAUGGAGCAACGGGAACGACGAACGACGAGGGAGCAAGUUAACCGCGAGAUGCGCGCGGAGGCGAGGAGGGAAAGGGAGCGAGAGAGGGACGCGGCGAAGGAGAGAAGGCUCGUUGAAGAGGCUCGGAGCCCAACCACACGCGGAGAGACCUCGCCCGAAUCUCCAGGCCCAGAAUCCUUUCUAUGAACACUAGUAUUCUACAUAUAACACUAGCAAAGACACUGGUCCAUGCAAAAAAGUCUUUUUUAUCCCUGAUAUCUAUUGCAUUUCAAUACACAGUUUCACGCUACAAUUUGUAACGCGCAUGCGAUACAGGCCGCGCGCGCGCAAUGGCGAGCAUUUGAACUUCGAACUCGAGCAAUUAUGGAGCUGAGGCAGAAAAGAUUCGUGUAUGAGAAGGCGUUCAGUGUUGAAAGAAUCAUCCAAAACCUAAAGACGUAUCAAGUAGCUACGGGAGAGGCCGAACUUUCUGUACUCUGCAAAUCAAAGCAUGUCUCUGAAACAUCUGGGGCGGCGAAUACGAAGAGCUCAGUUGCCACUGAAAGAAAGAGAAGGAGGAGGAGGAAAUACAAAGAACGCAGACAGAUAAAGAGAAGUAGAGAGGAAGAAGGCAGUGAAGUGAAUGAGGGGAGCUUUGGUUCAACAGAGAGGGGUGCCUCUACCAGCCAAGUGGGAACGAGCAGUUCCCUGGGUCUGCUGGCUGUCCAGUACUCCAGCAGUGAAGGAGAAGAAGUGAGUUCACCUCACAGCAAGAUUGCCACCUCUGAGGCUCUGCCUGUCCCCGACGCUAUUCUUGGGAUGUAUGUUGGUGAGGAGGAGGGUGUGAGGGGUGAGGAGUGCGGGGAGGAGGGAGGAGGAGAUGAAACACGUGCCUAUUCUGAGCUGGGGUUCUUUGAGAGUCAAGAAUCCCCCGGUGAAGGCGAUGAUGGGGUAAAGAGAAAGACCAUAACCUCUGCAACAUCUCUAGUCAAGGAGUCUCCAAAGAAAGAGAAAUGGGACGAGGUGAAAGCAAAGUGGAAGUUUCCUGUUUCAAAACUACAAACCUAUGUCUGUGCCAACUGUGGUAAAGUUGGACACUUCACCCAAGACUGUACCGUCGAAGCAGCCCAAAAGGAACCUCUGAGAAUUCCAACAGAUUUGAAGGCACUCUAUUCAAAGGCCCGCAAGCUGGCAAGUAGCAAGGACGUCCACUGUGCUGAUUGUGGCAUAACUACCAACCUGGUCUGCUGCUUACACUGCAGAUCUGUACACUGUGAUGGCAGGGGUCACAUAACUGCCCACCUUCUCUCUCAUCCCACUCACAACUGCCUGUACUCCUCCAAACUCAAGAAAGUGAUAAAAUGUUCCAACUCAAUGUGUCAAACAGUCAGUAUCUAUGACUUGUACAUCUGCAGUCAGUGUCUUGGCAAUGCUUUCUCCCAACACUACUCCAUGGUCACUGCUUGCUGGUCAAGUGCUGGGCUGCGGAAGAUUCAAAAUGCCAUUGCUUGUGAGGACCACUUUCAUUGGCACAGAGUCAACUGCCCCUCCAGUGCUGAAGAAAACUUUGUCACUAGAGAUAAACUGCAGCAAGCCACACUCAGUGAAUUCUAUUUCUAACUCUAGCUCUCUUUUCAUUAUAAUAUAGAAGUUACACCGACACUAUAUAGCAUUAUGGUCUCGCAUUGACUUUUUGAUCACCAGCUAUA